AUGGCAUUUGGAUUUGAAGAAAGCACGCUCAUUUUCAGUUCCAUUUCUUUAGUAUCAAGUUUUUGAGUGACAUUAAUCUACAUAAGAAACAAAGAACUCCAUCAGCAUCCAGCAGAAAUUUUAGCUUGGAUCUCUGUAUUUGAAAUUGCUAUGUGCCAUCACAGCAUUGCACUUGCAUUGGAUUCAAAUUUUACACUGUAUGGCCAUGGCCCUCAUGAGAUUUUUAUUGCCCUUAGUUUUGGAACUCUUGAUAUAGAAGAGUCUAGAGCUAUAUCCUGUGCAAUAAACCAAGCUUUAUUUUCAGCUGCUGUAACGCUGGUGUUGGCUUACAAUAUGUUUGUUUGUGUUGAUCUCAUCAUUACAUUAAGAAGUCCGCUUAUUAGAGGAAAAUCACGUAUGAAGUAUUAUCAUAUUUGUUCACUGAUUUUUGUUAUUGUGCAGAUCACAUAUAAUUUAUUUCAAAAUUCAAGAUAUUCAGAGUGCUUGAUUAAUGGGAAAAUUUAUUACCAAGAACUGUGAAAUUUUGGGCUACUAACUGCUGUAUUUGGAAUGUUUUUUAUAUUUGCAUUUAUUUCUUUGGUGUAUUCUUGAGUAAAGCUUACUAAUUCUCCAUUACUAGAUAAUAUAAAAAUAUAAAAAAAAAUAAUUAAAAAAAAUAAAUAUUUAUUUUUGUGAAGUAAAGACUACACUAAAGUUUGUCCUGCUACUCGAAGCUAUUUUCAAAGACACAUCAUUUACAUAAUAGUUUUCAGUAUCGUUUGAUGCUGGGCACUUAUCGAUUAUUGGGUGUGAAACUCAGGAUGGCUAAACAAAGCAGGAAUUAUCAUGAUGUGCGCAUCAGGAUUUAUAUUAGCUUUAAUAAGAAACUGUGAGCCUUUAUUUUAUGAAAAAUCAAAAGAAUCCCUCUUAUUCUGAAAGAAAGCAAAGAAAAUAAUUAACACAAAAACUUAUAUUGAAAUGCAUACAGAUAUGUGAACAAUUCCGAUUUCACAUAUAAUGCAAAAAUGUUUUAGGUCCCAAACGACUAUUUCAAUUCUUACAGGACUGUAUGAAGCUAUAAGGCUUUCUUCAUUAAAUUCUAGGUCGAUGAAUUUAAACGAUUUUACGAUAUCUGACUAUAAUGAAAUAGCUCAGCACAAAAUUAGUGAUAAAAAUUUGACUUUAGAUUUAAAUGGAAUUAAAUCAUCAAGAUUCCCUUAUUAUAUAAUUGCUGAAUAUGCUCCAAAAGUUUUUCACCACCUGCGAGUAAUUGAUAAUAUAAAUACUGAAAUUUCUCUUUCUGCUUUAGCUCCUAAAAACAACAAAUCAACUUUAUUUUCAGUCCAUAAAGGCCAAGGCGGCUCUGGGAGCUUAUUCAUUUUUACUGAAGAUGAUACUUUUGUAAUAAAAACAAUAACAAAAACAGAGCGAAAAACUUUAGCUAAAAGGCUGCUCCAGGCAUAUCACAGGCAUAUUCUGCAUCAUUCUGAUUCUUUAUUAUGCAGAAUUUAUGGAGUUUAUACCUUAAAAAUUUCUGGUCUAGCUCCGCUUGAGCUACUUUUAUGUCAAAAUUUGAAAAAGGAUCACGUCGUCAAAUUUUAUGAUCUAAAAGGUUCAACACACAACAGGCAUGCAAAUUCUAUCAGAAAAGAUUUUAUUGGUCCUUAUAAAGAUUCGGAUUUUCUGAGAGAAUCUAAGACAAUUUCUAUGAAUCCCAGCAUAAGAAAUCAAAUUUUACGAGCAAUUUAUAAUGAUGCUUUGCUACUUAUGAGGCAUGAUAUUAUGGAUUACUCAAUUUUUAUGCAGGUAUUAAGGAAAAGUCAGCGGAAGUCAUAUCCAGAUUUUUAUCAAAUGGAAUGGUAUUCUUUUUCUAUCAUAGAUUUUUUAAGUGAGUAUAAUUACAAAAAAAAAUUUGAAUAUUACUUACUCCACCCCCCAUCCUUGAUCAAACGACUCGCCAUCGUUCGAUCAAGGAUGGGGGUUAAAAAAAAAUUUUUUCGGAAAAAAAAUUUAUAUAUAAAAAAAAAAAAAUAUAUAUUAUAUUUUUUUUAUUUACUUUUAAAUAAGAGGGUUAAGAGUAUUUAAUAAUUAUUUUUACAGCAAAAAUUGAAUUAAUUUUAUAAAAAUACCAAUUUUUAAUAUUUUGAUUUAUUAGUUACCUUUUUAAAAACUAUAUAUUUUUUAAUUUAUUCCUUGCUGAAUUAAAAUUUUUUUUUUUUUAAAUUUUAAAAAAUCUCUAUUUUUUAGAUUAUUAAGUUUUUAAGCCUAGAUUGCUGACUAAAUCACUUCGGAUGGUUGAUUCCGCAGCUUUCUGUCGUCUCAAAGCUCUGAAAACAACUUCAUUAGGUACAUCUUCCCAAGCUUUUGAUAACUAAUAUAUAUAAAAAAUUUGCAUGAUAUGAAAAUCGUUCGAUCAAGGAUGGGGGGGUUAAUUUUCCCAAUUUUUAGGAAUUUUUACAGUCAAUCGUUCGAUCAAGGAUGGGGGGGGGGAGUUAAAACUUGUACAGCUUGGGAAAAAAAUUAAAUCUGCGUCUGUAAUGGACCCGAAAAAAUAUUUCAAUCGGUUUUUCAAUUUUGCGAGCGAGAAAUUAUUAAAUCAAAAUACUAGCUUUUUAGCUCAGAUGUUAUAA